AUGGCGCCGAAAGCAGAGAAGAAGCCCGCGGAGAAGAAGCCGGCGGCCGAGAAGCCGGCGGAGGAGAAGAAGGCGGUGGCGGAGAAGGCUCCGGCGGAGAAGAAGCCCAAGGCGGAGAAGAAGCUCCCCGCCAAGGAUACAUCUGCCUCCGGCGAGAAGAAGAAGAAGAAGAAGAUCAAGAAGGGAAGCGAAACCUACAAGAUCUACAUCUUCAAGGUUCUCAAGCAGGUCCACCCCGACAUCGGCAUCUCCAGCAAGGCCAUGGGGAUCAUGAACAGCUUCAUCAACGACAUCUUCGAGAAGCUCGCCCAGGAGGCCUCCCGUCUCGCCCGGUACAACAAGAAGCCCACCAUUACCUCCCGGGAGAUCCAGACGUCCGUCAGGCUCGUCCUCCCUGGUGAGCUUGCGAAGCACGCCGUCUCCGAGGGCACAAAAGCUGUCACUAAGUUUACCAGUUCUUGA